GUUUAAUAAUCAGAUUAUUUAAUAUUCAUAUUGAAUUCCAACGAGAAUAGAUUGAUAGGGAGCAUAUAUUAAAGUUUACACGGAUAUUAUAAAUAGAUCCAUUUAUAUUCAAAAAGUAGAUUGAUAACAAAAAUCACUUUUGUUUAUGAUUCCUUCUCCAGAGUAUGUCGAGGUUUUACCUCCACAAUAUCAAGUCGAUAAUUCGCAACCACCAAGCUAUAAGCCAUCAUUAAGCUUUUAUGGAAUAACAUUAAUGAAAACAGAAUUCACGUCUCCUUAUCAUAUCAAUAACAAAAAGCGUUCAUGGACUCCGGUAGUACUUGAGCUUAAUUCGACACAACUUAUUGUAUAUUCUCUUAAUGUUGAGAAAAAGUUAUAUGAUCUUUUAUUAGCAUUAUAUCAUGAAGAGAACUCUUUACAAGAACUUGUUGAUAAACUUUGUAAAGACCGUCCAGAUAAUGACUUUAAUGAUUAUACUUCUGAAGACCCCGAUAUGUUUGCAGGCGAUGCAUACGGAGCUGACUUUGGAAUGAAUAAUGGUUCAUUACUGCUGAAAAGUAAAUCAACUCUUAUUAGGGAUAAGUUUUUGAAGAAGAAAUUAAAUAAGAGAAUAUCUCAUGAUUUUAAUCAUUACUUUGAUUUAUUAAAAGAUAACCAGAUGUUAUUUGAACCUAUUACAUCAACCAUGGAGUAUGAGACAUUCAGUGCUAAAUAUCGUGGUGAAAAACUUCAUUGUUGGACCCUUCAAAACUUGAGUGCUGGAGAAGCCCCUUCCUUAAACCAAGUUAUAUCAUCAUUAUAUAAAGAGGAUAAUUUGUAUAAAAAGCAAAACUUAUCCACUUUAGUGAAAUAUUCCAAUGUUUUAAGGGUAAGAAUUGAAAUUAGACAAGUUUUAUUUCAAUUUUGGUCAUUUCAUGGAAUGAUUCAUUGGUAUCAAAAUUUAAAUAUUGGUAAAGAUUUAAGCACAACUUUAGAAGAUCGUCAAUUUUCUAGAUUAAAGACGAUCCCCAAUAGAUCAAAUCUGAGGAAUAAUGCAUUAUUGGUUGCAGCAGCUGCCGCUGCUUAUGAUGAUUCAAACGGAACUAAUUUAUCAAUACAAUUCAAUGAAUCUUUUGAAGAACUGGAUGUACUUUCUCUUGAAAGAUCCAAAUGUGAAUAUGAUGUACAAAGUUCAGUUCAAAGUUCAAUAUUUGAUUCUAGUCAUACAAUAUCAUCAAUUAAUUCUGAAACUUCAAACUCAAUAAAACCAAGCUCAAAGCUUUAUUCAAGAGAUACUUACACAUCCUUAGAAAAACAAUACAUUUCAAAUUGCCUUCCUGAUUUAAAUUCAUAUGAUAGGUGGACUGGCGUUGAUGUGGUAUUGUCAAAUUAUCAUUCAUAUCUCAACCAAGACCAAAUAAAUGAAUUGAAAACUAAGACGAAUAUGGAUUUACUCAUUAGUAUAUCAUCAUUGGAUAAUUCGAAUGGAUUUUUUAAAAGGUCAAGGCCAAUUAAAAAGAAGCACGUUAUUGAAAAUGGUUCAUGUCGUGGAUUCUUCAUUCAUCAAAAUGGUUUAGUUAGCAUAUCUGUUUAGAAUUCAAAUAAAAU